GCCGGCCGUGCCCGGUGGUGCAGCGCAGCGCGGCUAUGGCGGGGGCGCUGAGGAAGACCACUGGGCUCGUGGGAUUGGCUGUGGCUGAAAACCCCCAUGAGCGCCUGCGAAUACUGUACUCCAAAAUCCUUGGUGUCCUGCAGAACAUCCCCAGAGAUGCAGCGUAUAGGAAGUACACUGAGCAGAUUGUAAAUCAGCGCUAUAAUUUGGUGCAAACAGAAACUGAUGUGCAGAAACUACAGGACAAACUGAAUGGUGGUCAAAUAGAAGAAGUCAUUGUACAGGCUGAAAAUGAGCUUUCCCUGGCAAGAAAAAUGUUACAGUGGAAACCAUGGGAGCCUCUAGUUGAAGAACCUCCUACUGACCAGUGGAGAUGGCCGAUAUAAUACUGAAAAUGGUGUAAGCUCUUGAAAGUCAAAGAAGUUAAAAUAUAAUCUAUUACUGACAGUACCUUUAAAUUAAAAAAGUGACUUCAUAAAACCAUGUUUUGUCUUAAUGUCCACUAUAUAUAGCAAUCUAAGGAUUGCUACCAGUUUGUUGCAAAAAAUGGCUUUAAGAACAGUCAGCUUCUUUACAACCAUUGAUUCAUUGAUUUUUGUCAUUUGCUGAUGAACAGGGUAUUUAUUUGUGCUUGAUAAUGUUACAAUCUGUAUUUGUAUAUUAGCAGAUACAGGUAUUUCAUCUGAAAUCAAAAUCAGACUUGUAGAAAAGCAUGAUUCUGCCUUUUUCUCCCACUGAUGGUUGUAUAUUUCUGCCAUCUUUGUAAAGCCAGUACCUGUGUCUGUAUGACCACGCAGAUACCAGUAUUAGGGAUCUGAUGUAAUGCAAGUCAGGCUUACCAAAAAUAACGUCUUUUAGUUUUCAGCUGAAUCACUGUCUCAAACGAGCUGACUCCACUGGCCAUAUAAGCAAUAAUUCUGGCUCAGGGAGGUGCUGAGAAGCAGGAAUGGGUUUCUUGAUUUGCAGGUAGCUUACCAUACUUAGCAUGAUAUACAUGGCACAAAACUUUAAUAUCGCUCUAAUUUUGUAUGUAUAGAGAAUUUGGUUUUGUAUAUAAGCAUGUACUUCAUAGGUUCAUUUGUAUGUUACUGAUUCAGACCUGGAAUAUUACUAUUAAGAAAAAACG